ACAGAACAGAGCAGUACUGCCUUGUAACGUCAAGUGUGCUAACUGUCGUGAAAGCACAUCGGCGGAGAAAGACGUUAGCAGGACGCUAAUAAAUCAGUCGUAUUAUUUGUUCUCCAGUUUGAAAUAUUUACGGCGUAUAAAAUACGUAUUUGAUUCUUUACUUAAGGAUAAAGUCGUCUCGAUGCGUUAGAAGCACUGUGUCGCUUCUCGUGCUAUCUUUGCUUGUUAAUGAGCUUAGAUCGCUAGUUAGCUUAGCUUGUUAGCUGCUAACAAAGAGACGCAGACGUUAUCAACACAUUGCUAAGUACAGAUCAAAUGUGAGAGUAAAGUGUUGUGAUUGUGGGAAAAUGUGUGAAAGAACGAUAGCAAAGUAUGAGGGGGAACUUUGUCCAACAAAAGAGGAGAAGGAGCUACAACAUCAACUACUGGACGCUGUUUUCAAGGAGCCUCAAGUUGUGUUACACAGAACAGACCUCGAUGAAGAACGUCUUCAUCACGAGCAGGAGGAACCACAGUCCCACCACACACAUGAGGAAGAAGAGGUACCACAUUCCCAACACAUUAAAGAGGGAAGAGAGGAGCCACAGCCCCCUGACAAAGAGGAAGACAAGACGCCACAGACCCAUCGUGUUAAACCGACCAUUCACAUUAAAGGGCAAGCAGAGAACCCACUGAUCUUACACAUCAAAAAGGAAGAGGAGGACCCACUGACCCCUCACUUUAAAAAGGAAGAGGUGGACCCACUGACCCCCUACUUUAAAGAGGAAGAGGAGGACCAAGAGCUGCCGCACAUUAAAGAGGAAGAGGAAGAACACCGCAUCAGUCAGUCUACAUGGUUGGAGGAGUUCCCAGUGACUGGUGUCCCUGUGAAGAGUGAAGAUGAUGAGGUCAAAGGUGAAAGUGAGGAGAAGAGAGAGGCGGAGCCUCCAAGCAGCAACUCAACACAACACAUGACAACAGAAGCUGAUGGAGACCACUGUGGAGGAUCACAAGCAGACAAGCUCUUAGCUCCACUAUCAGAUAGUGAGGACACAACGUCACACUCUCCUGACACUGAUGAUGAAGACUCUAAAGAUGAUAAGACAUGUCACACUGACAACACUCACUUCAAAUGUUCUCACUGUGAGAAAACUUUUAAAUACCAUUGGUAUCUGAAAAGACACAUGAGAAUGCACACCGGAGAAAAACCUUGUAUCUGUUCUGUCUGUGGUAAAGGUUAUGUAGAAAGUUGUAAUUUGAAAGUACAUAUGAGAACACACACUGGUGAAAAACCUUUCUCGUGUUCAAUCUGUGGUAAAGGUUUUGCACAAAGUUCAUGUUUGGUAAAGCACAGAAGAAUACACACUGGAGAAAAAUCUUUUAUCUGUUCAAUAUGUGGUAAAAGUUUUGUUAUAAGUAACAAUUUGAAAGUGCACAUGAAAAUACACACUAAAGAAAAACAUUUUAUCUGUUCAAUAUGUGGUAAAGGAUUUGCAGAAAGUCGCUCUUUGAAAAGACACAUGAGAACACACACUGGUGAAAAACCUUUUUCCUGUUCAAUCUGUGGCUUAUCUCUUACAAGGAAGGAAUAUUUGAAAGUACACAAGAGGACACACACUGGAGAAAAACCUUUUUCCUGUUCAACCUGUGGUAAAGGUUUUACACAAAGUCGAUAUUUGAAAGUACACACGAGAACACACACUGGUGAAAAAUCACAUUCCUGUUGAAUAUGCAACAGAAGCUUUUGUGACCGAUCAAACCUUGUAGUACACAUGAUAAGACACCCAGGAGAGAAAGUGUUGAGUUGCAGUGUGUGUGGUGAAAGAUUCUCUUCUAAGUACCAGUGUAAGAAACACAAGUGUGCUGGUGAGAACAGCAGCAGCAAAUGAAACUGCAGGAUUUGAAAUAAACUGUCAAGACUUUAAUUGUGACUUUCUAACAACAUCAGCACAUAUAACAUGUGUGACUUUGUUGUUUGUUUAACAAUCUUUUUAACUGCUCCUACAUUUAUGGAUUAGAUGUUUUAUAUUAGUGUUUUUUUUCAGUCAAGUGCAUGCAUUAAUAUGCAACAUUGUGUACUUUUAUUAAAAAAAAUAUUGGAAAAAUUUGACUGAAAAGGUGAGAGUAAAAAGUACAACACAUUUUACAAACACUUUUUGUAUGUGUAUAUAUAUAUUCGCAAUACAAUUUUAGACUUAUUCAUAAUAGUGUUUUUUAUAGGUCUUUGAAAUAUUGAAGCGUUUUAUAUAUAUUUAUUUUUAAUUGUUAAUGAUCCCAUAUAUUAGCACCCUUAUAUGAUGUACAUAUAAUAUACAAUGUAGAAAAGCACUAUACAAGUAUAACCCAUUUAUCAUGUAUUAUCAUUUAUUUGUACUGGUUCACAUCUGAAACAUUAUCUGGACCACUUUAGGAAACAUAUUAUUUACUUUAUACAUCAUAAACAGUUGUCUUUCAUACAUUUUAAAAUGUAUGACUUUAUGAAUCAUUUGUUGGGUUUCUACAAUCCAUUUAGUUAAUUAUCUUUAUUACUCUCUUUUGUAAUAUGAUGAUUGUGUUGUGAUUUUUUUAUAUGUAUGUCCCCAUACCUUUAUGCAAUAUGAAAGUGAAAGAAAAUGGCUGAUGUUUUUGUUUUUACAGAGUUACAAUUGUGGAUAAAAAUAAAAAAGAAAUCCCAUUGUUGGGUUUUAAA